UGAAUCCACCUGCCGCACGGCGCCUAGUGACCGAAAAACAAUCAGGGAUCACUGUUUUUCGCCUGUUGCCUUUACGUAUUAAACGAUAUCUGUUGACGUCCAACAUAUUACAACGGGGAUCUAUUCGAAAUUCAAGUAAAGGACAAAAAUUAUAUGAAGAGUCUACUAAAACACAUGAAUAUAUAAACAUCGCCAGUUAAUCGAUAUUCAGCGACUUGAAUAAAAUUAUCACGGGAAUCGCACUAACUUUGUAAAUUAAACAACAAAAAUCUUUAGUUAUGCACAAAAGAGCAGACUGGGACAAUAGGGAAAAAUAGAAAAAGGGAAAAGAUCACCAAAGAUCAUCGUAAAAGCUUUUUUUAAAAAUACUUCUUAACCAAAGAAUUUUGCUUCAAAAAUUUACACCGAUUCAAUAAAAGUAUAUACUAAUGGAGUAUAAAAAGGAAAACAGUGUAAUAUUUGUUUGCGGUGAAACCAGGUUUAAUGAAGACAUGUCGAUGAAAAAUAUUUUGAUUGGACACUUGGCAACAAAUUGGGCAGUACGAACUCACUAUGAUGAAAAUGGAGACGAUCCAAGAAGUAGUAAAGAAACAUUGUUUCGUAAUAUUUCAUCAUCAUGUGUUUUCAUCUUCAUUUUUAGCGAAGAAACUACACGCAACGCCUUCUAUCUUAACCAACUUGGCGUUGCAUUCGCUCGAGGCAUUACAAUAGUUGGAGUCCGAGAGCCAAGUUACAUUAUGCCCAAUCCCCUUCCCGAACAUUACUAUUCCACCGAGAUAGUUGACCCACCAACCGCUGACCAUCGGAAUCGAACACGUUCACGAAACAAGCCGACAUUGGCAAGUAUCCUAACCGACGCUUUUUGUAAUGCAGUGGUUUACACUACAGAAUUUAAAAAGUCUUGCAUUGAACGGUUAUUUCGUAAGGUUUCUGAUGCAUGUAGUAAAGCAAGUAGAGAGCGCACAAAACCAUCAACCUUCAAUGAUUAUGGAAGGAGAGUUACAAAACGUGAACCAUUUAACCAUCAAAAGAUUUGGUCUAGUACAGGUGGUCGUUCUUUGUGCCCAAAAUGUGGUACGUUGGUUAAAAAAAGUGGUAAAUCAGGCAUAUCACAUAAAGUUAAUAGCAUAGAUAAUUUGUAUAAAAAUGAAAACUCGCGACCAUCAUCAAGACAAGAGGUAAGAACAACUCCACAACUGGUUAUCACGAAAAGCGUUCUGCAACCUUCAGUUGGUCAAGAAAACUUUUCAAAGAGUAUUUUCAAAGAGAAUUCACGACGACCAAUCACAAGUGUUGUUCGCAAGAUUUCGUCAGCAAGGAUGGCCAGCGGCCGUUAUACGAAGGAAACUGCCCUUCAGUCCCGUCCCACUUCAACAAAAAGCUGUAACGGUGUUCCGUCAAGAGAACUUCAAACUUUCAGUAAGGGAAGUCCCAUUAAGAAGUUAGAAGAGAAACAGAAAGAAUUAGUACUUUUUCAAAUUGAAGAUAAAGAUCAGACUUCAAGUGAGAAAGAGAAGAAACAAAAACGUCACGAAGUUCUUCAAAAAACCUCGACAGGUUUUGUCAAAAACUAUAGGGGAGCAUUUUUAAGAAAAAUGUCAAGUUUACCAUGUAUUCCUACAACAUAUCUCGUGUCGGAGCCCGGAUCUAAUGUUCCCGCACUAAUAAAAUACCCUCUAGCAAGUAAUACUCUUACAGUCAGCGAUGCAAACGUUCCUGAAUUUACUGACGACGAAGACAAAGAGACGAUACACAUUUCACGACAACCAAGUCCAGCUAUUUCAACAUGUUCCACUAAUAUUGAAGAAUGACAGAUGAAAACAAGGAAUCAUAACUUAUGAGAAUUGUCGUUGUUGGAAAUCAUAACAUUAUAACAAUAUUUGAAUAUGUAAUGAAGGUUAAUAACUGAAUUUGAACAUACAUUUUUUAUGAAAAACUGCCUUAAGACAAUAUUUCAACAGAUAACUCUGCAAGAAUUAGAAAUUUGGAGGAAAUUAUCUUCAGCAUAGACUGUAUUUUUUUCUCCAAUUUCUCAAAAAUCAAACAAAUAUAUUCCGUAAUUUAAGGUUUGUAAAAGCAAUUUGAGGUGACUUUGAGUGCAUUUAAGAAACACAAUAAGAGAUUUGAUUAUAUCACAAACUUUUCAAUCCAAUUACAUUUUAUUUUUAGCCUGUGUUCAA